AUGGCGUUCCCAGACACCUCGCAGGACUCCGACACGCUCAUCAUGCACCCCUCGAGCGACCGCAGCCGCAGCGACGAACACGGCGGCUGGGCAGGCAUCCCCCCGCCCACUCCAAGACCGCCCCUCGAGCUGCCAGCCACCGACGGCAACCUCAAGCCCUGGCUCGGCCUGCGCGCCAGGCUCGCCCUCUCGCCCAUCUCGGUCGCCCUCGUGUCGCUCCUCUUUGUCGCAACGCGCCUCGUUAUCAGCGCAGGCGACGUCGACGACAAGGUAGACGGCCUCAAGCGCAACAUCCUCGCCACCUGCAGAGGCGCAGAGGGUGCCGCCAGCACCUUGGCCAGCCUGCCCACCGUCAUGGCCCACAACGCCAACCAGGCCACCAUCAAGGCCAUCGAGAGCACCGUACGCGGCACCGGAAGGGUGCUCAUGCUCGCCAUCACGGCCGUCGAGGAAGUGCUCAAGUGGCUCGUCGACUCGUACCGCUCCCUCUUUGUCUGCUUCAUCGAGCUCCUCGUCCGCGGCUCACUCGCCGUCCUCCUCAGCGCCGUCCAGCUCAUCUCGGACGCCGUCCACGAGGCCGCCCAGGGCAUCCGAGCAGCCAUCCAGGCCAGCGUCGAGGGCGUCAACGCGCUCCUUUCGGGCACCAUCUCGGGGAUCAACGCCAUCAUCGGCGUCUUUGGGCAACACGUCAACCCACCGUCGAUCGACGUGCCUUCGCUCGACGCGCUCAGCAACAUCAGCCUGCCCACCGAGAUCCAGGACAGCCUGCUCAGGAUCAACUCGAGCCUCCCCUCGCUCGACGAGCUCCGCCAGAAGAUGGACGCGUUCAUCUCGGGUCCCUUUGAGCAGAUGAAGGCCGACGUCAACCAGACCAUCACCGACUUCCGCUUCGACCACGCCGCCCUGCCCGAGCCGCCGCUCAACAACGUCACCUUUUGCCACGACGUUGACACGUCCGCCCUCGAUGACCUCGCCCACGACAUCAAGAAGCUCGUCUACAUUGGCAUCGGCCUCGUCGCGCUGCUCAUGGUCGGACUCGCCCUCCUCUGCGCCGGAAGCGAGUGGUGGAGCUGGAGGAGCAUGCGCAAGCACGUCGAGUACACAAAAGAGGCCUGGGAGGACUCGGACCGUGCAGGCGACUCCUUUGCCGCACCGUGGCGCACCGACGAAAAGGUGGCACCGAGCCAGGCCCUUCGACCGGCCACGGCCACGGCCUCCUCGUCGGCGACGACGUCAACGACGCUGAGCACCGAGCGCAUCUUUAACCUGCUCGAGCUGUCCAAGCAUCCGCUCCUGGCACUCGUCGCGUUCAAGGUGGCUCGCUUCUUUGGCCUCAAGGACCCAGCGUCCCGAGCGCGGCUCCGAUGGUGGCUGUCCUGGAUCAGCCACCCGGCGGCAGUGGCUGCCCUCGUGGCCGGCCUUGUCGGUCUGCUCUCGGUGGAGCUGCAGAUCAUCGCCGCCCGGUCGGUCCAGGGCGUCUACGAGGGCAAGCUGGGCAACGCCUUCGACGGCAUCGGGGACGACAUUGCCCGCAGCGUCAACGCCAAGAUGCUCACCGCGUCGACCGACUUCGCCAACAAGAGCAACACGGCCAUCGGCGGCGCCGAGGACGCGCUCAACGACCACCUCUUCCGCUGGGUCAAUACGACGACGACGACGAUGAACGACACGCUCAACGAGUUCAUGGACGACAUCACGGGCGCGCUCAACGACGUCCUGGGCUCGACGCCGCUCAACGCGCCGCUGCAGACCUUUAUCCAGUGCAUCCUCGGGCGCAAGGUGGCCGGCAUCCAGACGGCACUGACCUGGAUGCACGACAACGCGCACGUCAACUUCACCCGCGUCGACGACGACGUUCUGCUCAUCGGCGGCGACGCGCUGCGCCGGCUCUCGGACCCGAUCAAGGCCUCGAUGAUGGGUCAGGACGGCGGCGGCGAUGACGACGGCGUGGUCGGCAGGCUGGUCGGCGCCUACGUCCGGCAUCUCGAAAAGGAGCGCGUCAUGUUCUACAUCUUCCUCGCCAUCUACGCCCUGGUGCUGGUGGCGGGCACCGCCAUCGUCUUUUGGGACCAGAUCCGCGACAGGGCCUCGGCGUGGCAGCGGUCGCGCAAGCCCUGGCUCAAGGCGCCCGUGACGCCCUUCCGAGCGCUGUCGCUCCGGAGGACGCGGACCGCCGACUCGGAGGCGGACCGUGCUCCCAUGGCCAGCGGAGCACCCCGCUGCGGACCCAGUGGUCCCCGCCUCAACUUCUCCGCCAUCUCUUAUCCGGUCCUGGAACGGUCGACCCGGGAUGGCGGGACGAUGGACGCGCCCCUGACCGCGCAGCAUCCUCAUGACCUGCCAAAUCUUCCGAACGAGACGGCCAGCCUCAACGAAAAGAGUGGCAAGCUCGAUGUGCCCACCGCCGAACGUCAGCGGUCUAGCGCCGCUUCCACAGAAGAUCCGGGCUGGUCCUGGCUCUCGUACCUCCGGCGAGCUGCUCGCCUUAGCAUGACUGACGCGGGCAGCUGUGGGCCGCCCUCGGACGAUAUCGCAACGAGCGGAGAGGCUUCGCCGACGAUGACGAUGCGGUCUGCCUACUCGCAGGCGACGGGCGUGACGGGUCAUGGGUCCCGUGCCUCGAUCAGCACGGCGCACCGCAGGAGGACAAGCCGGCUGCUCGACGAGGCCGAGGGAGGUAGCCCCGUGUCGAGUCAUGCUACGGGCAUCGACUCGGCUCCUUCGCCGUUGAGGCAGCGUUUCAGCCCGAGCCCGUCGCAGCACACGUUCGGACACCGCACCUCGUCGGUGGCGCCGUCGGCCUCGACCCACGCGACACACGCCCACCGCCAAUCGAGGAUCAGCGAGGCGAGCCAGGACAUCGAUGCUGCCGAUACUAUCGUCGUCUCACGGCAGUCAGACUUGGAGGCUGGCUCGCGUGCACCUCUCGACUGCCAAGCGGCUCUCGUCGCGUCUGACCUGGAACGGAGGGACUCGAUCGCCUCGCGACGCCGUCAGCUGCGCUUCACCGCCACGCCGACGCAGCAGGUCGAGGCUCCCGACAACAGCGCCUGCCACGACUACAGCGGAACAUCAAGACCGCGCAUCGUUGUCAUCGUCGUCGUCGUCCACCUCGUCGUCUUCGCCGCCUCUGGUCCCAACGUCAUCUCUGGACCAAGUGCAACUGCGCAAGCACAAGAUCCGAAAGAGUUCCAUUUCGCGGCCCAACCCUCACCUCCUCCAUCGGCCCGGUAA